CUCUACAUCGUGGCAAUGAUGGAUGCUCUUGUUCUUUGCUCUUUUUCCAGCAAAUGCUCAACUAUGCACCCAGAAUGCUACUUUUGAAACCGUCAGACCUUCAGUAGUGUUCAACUUUUUAGUGAAGAGGGAAAAUAUUUGAAGCCAUGGGGAAUUCGGAGAGAGUAUGGUGGAUUGUAGUGGAAUGUGCUUGCAGGAUCCUUGGUGUUUCUACAGCUACAGUGUUGUUUGGUGUGGGAGUGGAGACAGUACAACAUCAAGAAUUCAACAGUCUUGGCAUCUACCUAAUAGCAUCAUCUGUUGCGAUUCUCAUGUUUGAGCUGGCCUACUUCCUGGAUACUCUUCUGUCCAUGUGUCUGCCCUGUCCUCCUGACUGGCUGCUGUUUGUUUUGUGGAGGAAGAUGUCUCACAUUGGAGGUUUCCAUAAAUUCCUCUUUUACACCAUCAUGUCAGUGAUCUGCUUCUUGCAUCCCAUACUGGUGUGGCAUGCAAUUAUCCCAGGGUCAAUGCUUCUGGUGACAGCCUUUUUCAAUUUCAUACUAAGCAAGAAAACAAAGUCUCCUAAAAGUCCACAAGACAUCCACAGCGACCACAACCCAACCUCCGGCUGUGUAACAGAAGGAUCGGGCUCCGACAGUGCUGUUUCAUUCUUCCAGGCAGUGACAGGAAGAAGGGAAGAGGCCAUCGCAGGCAGAGAUCACUGCUUCGCCUCGGAGGAGACAGGAGAAAGUGUGCAGGCCAUGUUGGAGCAAGCGCAGACACAAGUGACAGGUGGAGAAAGGAGGAGGUGGAACGAGAAGAGACUGAUAUGGUUUCGAGGGAGGCAGGAGCCUGUGGAGAGAGAGAUGGAGGAGAUGGAUGGCUGCUGUGAUCCUGAACCAGACACCACCUCUGACACUGCACGCAUGAUUGCUGACUGAACGACUUUGUUGCAUGCAGAUUACAUUCCUUAAUAAUAACAUGCAAAUGAAAUCAGAUAUGAUGUAUUCAUACUGACUGGGAACAACCAUAUGCCGCUACGCAGUAUUUCAGCUGAAGGUCAAGCUGAAGCACUGUAAAUACCAAAAUAUGCAACUUUGAAUGUCUGGGAUUAUUGGAAAAACAUUAUUGAUGCAUAAAAUAUGUUAUCUGCUUUAAUAUUUGACCAAAUUGUGCAUUUACACCUCAACAAUUUGUCAAAAAAAUGUGUCUAUUUUAAUCUACAGAAAUCAAAUCAAGUGUAUCUACACCUGUUUCUGGAAUGCUUUUAAUGUGUGUGUGUGUGGGGGGGGGCAGUCCUGAUUGAAGAGCUGACUUCAAUAUGGAGAAAGCCAAUCCAUUUACUGCUCAUGCAUUAUUCAGAAGGUAAUAAAUUAGAUCAGCUGAUUGUUGAUUCAGAGAAAACGUCUGUGGAUGUGUGUGAGAGGGGCAUUAGAGCGUGUGCAGACGCUUGUGUUAGUCACAUUCAAGUCCCCUCAUUGUGUGUUUGUCAUGUGUGAGCGGUGUCCAUGGAGACGAGGCUCUGGGAGGAGUGCUCAUGUUAUUAUGGCGAUAAGAGAAAUAAAACAUAGCAUGCUAAGCACCACCGUAGGUCCAUGUUUCUCCAGAGCAUAGAUUAAUAGCACCGUAUAAUAGUGGGGAUACUUAAAAGGUAUUUGAAUCAGACCUAAGCUUUAUAU